AUGACUAUCACACCCAUUCAAAUAAGCCAAAAUUCUGACAGCGCACUUUUCUCUACUGCUAUUCCUACUUCUCCAAUGGUGCCUCUAUUUAAUUCUGCAGAUACGCUUACUUUUAAUGAACGCUAUCUUUUGGUUAACCCACCUUAUACUCUCAACGCUCCCCUUGACACACUUAUCAAUCCAAGACGUGGGCGAAGCAUAAAUCAAGAUUCAAAGCUCCCUCGACCGCCUAAUGCAUGGAUUAUUUUUCGCACAAAUUUCGCAAGCAGAGUACGAUUUCAAGAUUCUAUUAAUUACUACAGUGUUCAAGAAAUCUCUAAGCAGGCUUCUAAAGAUUGGAAAAGUCAGCCACCUCUAGUCAAACAGUUCUUCGAUGUCCUUUCUAAAUUGGCCACACAACGUCAUAAAGAAAUUUAUCCUGGCUAUAUUUACAAGCCAAGAAGAACAAGACAAAACCGAAGAAAGAAUUUGUUUAGAGAAGUGAAUACAGAGAAAUUUAAAGAACGUAAAAUUGAUAAAAAUAGUACCAAAAAGAAAAACAAAGAAAAAAGAGACAGCGAUCAAUUGACUAACUCCGUCCAACUGAACGAACACGAACAAUUGAAUGGAUAUGCUCCAAUUGAAGAAUCAGACGCUCAUAUUCAACUGAACGCAAAUGGACAACUUCAAGCAUCGAACAAAUAUGCUCUAUUAAAUAACAAUUUUCAACUGAACGAACAGUUUCAAGCAUUGAACAAAUACAAACCUAUAGAUGGAUAUUCUCUGGUUCAACUCAACAAAGACGACCCGUUGGUUGGAAGACACGAAUAUGCUCCACCGAAUGAAUAUAAUGGACUGAUUAGAUAUAUUGACGAUCAGCAACACAACUCACUGGGUAAGAACAGUGAAAGCUUGCACAUUAAUUGGCAUAGCAUACAGAAUAACGCAUACUACGUCGGCGUUCAGUCUGAUAACAGCAAUCCAAUAAGCAGUGGCGUAACUGAUAUUAACGAUAUAUGUAGUUCCGCUUCUCUAUGCUGUAAUAAUAAUAAUAGUGAUAUGUCAAACGCCGGUUAUUUUUUCAGUGAGCCACCACAACAAUCGGCAAAUUCUAUGCAAUUACAACAAAUGCAACCGCAGUCUAUUAUGGUAGAUCAUUCACCUUAUUUGGCUCUCAAUCCAAUGCCAUCUGCAUUUCACAGCAGCAAUCAAAACCACAAC